ACGCCAUGAAGGUGAGGGUUUUUUUUUUGAAAAAUUCAGAAAACCAGUCCUAACUCUUCGAAAAAUCCGAGUCAACAGGAAGUAUCCGUUUCAGGGUGCACUGGCAUUGGUGACAGGCGGCGGCACUGGACUGGGUAAAGCCAUUGCCACUAUGUUUGCCGGAUUAGGUGCACAGGUUGCCAUUGCUGCCAGAAGAAUGGACGUCUUAGCGGCCACGGCUACGGAAAUCAAAAACAAAACCGGUGGAGUCUGUGAAGCCUUCCGUAUGGAUGUAAAAGAUCCUUUGCUGGUCUCGAAAACCCUCGACGACAUCGUUGAAAGAUUCGGAAAGCCUCCAACGAUUGUGGUGAACAAUGCUGCAGGAAACUUCAUUAUGGCAACUGAACGGCUAUCCCCGAACGCCAUCAAGGCCGUAGUGGACAUUGUUCUGCUCGGAACAAUGAACGUUACCACCGAAGUAUGCCGCCGUGCUAUGAAGGCAAAGCAAGGUUGCACUGUUCUCAGUAUCACAACACCUUAUGCAAGACAUGGUGGAGCGUUCGUAGUGCCGUCAGCGAUCUCAAAAGCCGGUGUCGAAAACAUGACACGAUCUCUGGCCUCAGAAUGGGCCAAAUAUGGAAUGAGAUUCAAUGUUAUUGCUCCUGGGCCUAUUCCUACAGAGGGUGCUUUCUCCCGAUUAUCAAGUGGUUCACCGAAAGAUAUGGAAGAAGUGGCUGCUAGCCUCAUACCCGUAGGAAGACUUGGGCAACCAGAAGAGCUUGCAAACUUGGCUGCCUAUGUCUGUUCCGAUUUUGCCAGUUGGAUGAACGGAGCAAUAAUCGAUUUCGAUGGCGGACAACAGUUCCUGAACCAUAACAGUUCCUUUGGAUCGCAUCUCCACGAAAUGUCAAGUGAUGAUUGGGAACAAAUUGAAAACACUAUUCGUCAACGAACUGGAAAAUCAAAAAGCAAAAUGUGA